AUGAACCUCUCCUCAUCGGACGCCGCCGUCGCGGACUUCGGGGACGACGCGGACAGCUUCUGGUGGGGCAUAGCGACCGCUCCGGCGCACCAGGAGGACGGCCUGGACGACGCUUGGCUCCGGUUUGCUCGCGAGGGCAACGUGCGAGCGUGGACCAACGUGCCGCGGGCCGAGGAGCGGCUGCGCGCGUUUCUAAAAAGAUAA